ACACACACACACACAAAGAGAGAGCGAGAGAGAGAGAGAGCACACCCACACACAACGCCAACACACCGUAAAUCUCUUUAAAAAUAAAGUUUCCAUCUCUUUUAUACGGUUAGUUUGUACUUAUGCCGGGUGUAACUCCCGGUCAUCAUCAUAAUCACCGGAGGUUUGGUAAUGGAGGAAUUCAUUGAGCUGGCAACCGUCACUGUGUGGAAAUGGUUUUAACAGGCACCAAGUAACACAGAAACUGUUCAAACUCGGAACACUUAAGUGAACUGUAUAAGUGUACAACAUACUUAUUUUUGUUUGUAAGAAAAACAAAACUUAAUUUUUAUUUUCUACUCAAGGAUUUAAACACUACAUACACCACCAUGCCAAGCUCUACAAUUCGGAGGCAAAUGAAAAAUGUGGUCAAUAACUAUUCAGAGCCGGAAAAGAAGGUCAGGGAAGCGACAUCCAAUGACCCAUGGGGCCCCUCUAGCUCGCUGAUGUCAGAGAUUGCAGACCUCACUUACAAUGUGGUGGCUUUUUCAGAAAUAAUGAGCAUGAUUUGGAAGAGGCUGAAUGACCAUGGCAAGAAUUGGAGACAUGUGUACAAGGCCCUGACUCUGCUAGACUACCUGAUCAAAACGGGCUCAGAGCGAGUGGCCCUGCAGUGCAAAGAGAACAUCUUUGCAAUACAGACACUGAAAGAUUUCCAGUAUAUUGAUCGGGAUGGCAAAGACCAGGGCAUUAACGUCAGAGAGAAGUCCAAGCAGCUAGUGGUGCUGUUGAAGGAUGAUGAGCGUUUGAAGGGUGAGCGCUCUCAGGCCCUGAAGACUAAAGAGCGCAUGGCACAGGUCACCACCAGUGUGGGUAGCAACAAUCAGAUUAGCUUCGGCCGAGGUUCCAGCCAGCCGAACCUGUCCACCAGCUACUCGGAGGAGUACGGCAAGUCUGAGGGCUCACCAGCAUCAUAUCAUGGAUCCACGUCUCCCAAUGCAUCCUCAGAAUUGGAACAGGCCAGGCCUCAGACUAGUGGUGAGGAAGAGCUACAGUUGCAGCUGGCUCUUGCCAUGAGCCGAGAGGCCGCAGAGCAGGAGGAGAGGAUGCGCCGUGGGGAUGACCUACGGCUCCAAAUGGCUCUGGAAGAAAGCCGGAAAGACCCCAACGUAGGGAAAGUGUCCAAGAAGAAGAAAGAGUCUUCUCUGAUGGACCAGAUGGCCAGUCAAGCAUCAGACCCUUGGGGAGCAGGGGCCGGAGCGGCAGCGACUGGCACCACCUCAGACCCCUGGCAAUCUUACGGUGCUGCCCCCAAGUCAGCUGCUCCUGUGGAUCCCUGGGGUCUUCCAAGUGCCUCUUCUUCAGUCACUCCUCAGAAGAGCAGUGACCCCUGGGGAUCGACCUCGGCUCCUGCACCUGCAGAUCCCUGGGGCCCUAUGCCUGCCACCCAGCCUAAAGCCCCUGCCACAGCCAACAGCUUUGAUCUCUUCUCCACACCAAAUGGUACUUCCAAGGAGGACUUCUCGGAGUUUGAUAGUCUCCGCUCCUCAGCAAUGACAGGAGAUGGUAGAGGGAGCUCUGCCUUGCCAUCACAGACCAGCUUGUCUAUGGGUUCAGAUAUGUUUGACGUACCAGGCGGAGUAGCAAGAAAAACUCCAGAGUCUUUCCUCGGUCCGAACGCUGCCCUUGUCAACCUGGACUCUUUGGUCAGCAAGCCACCACAGCCAGCUCCUGUCUCCAACCCAUUCCUUGCUGGAGGAGUAGCAGCUGCACCUGCACCUGUAUCUGUGGCUCUGAUCAACCCCUUCCAGGUGAACCAGCCACUGCCACCCACCCUCAACCAGAUGAGAGUCAGCCCCAUGAUGGGCUUGACCAGUCAAGGCUUCGAUAGCCUGGCCCAGAGAACCAACGAGCCCUUGCCUCUGUCCUCUAUUCCCACAGUUGCCCCUGUCUCCAUGGUACCCAUGGCUCCUCUUGGGCCGGUGGGCCAGAUGAUGCCAAGCAUGGGUAUCACUGCUUCCAUGUCCAUGCCUCAGCCUCUCAUGAGCGGAGGGCUGCAGCCCACUGGAACAGCAAUGCAAACCGGUGGCGCAUCUAACCCCUUCUUAUUGUGAGGAACAAUUAAGGCUGUCACCACCCAUCUACCCCAGACCCACACAAAUCUUUCCCCAAUCCCUUUUCCUACGGUAUAAACAACAUAGUCUGUUUUGUUCCCCAGACCAGUGUGCUAUUAUGAGACUUUUGGGAUUAGCAGUGGUGUUUACAGUUUUUACAUUGACAGGUGAUUCCCUUCGCUCCUGUCUGAGAUAGGUACCAUACAGUGAUUUGGUAUUCUUUUCUAAAUUUUUCAAAUAAACCAUGAGCAAUAUGGUCUAGAUGUGGUAUUUUUGUUUCACCCACAAACCAUAAAUUUGUGUGGGUUCUCCUUACAUUUAAAGGGGGUCCUGAUUUUUAACUACUUUUUGAUUUCUUUUCUUAUCAGAGGCUUGAAACUAGAAGGACUGGUUUGUCUUAAUUUUUCUAAUUUCUAGUCUUUCGAAGCAGUGUAAUAGAUAAAGCUAACCCUUUUAAUCAAAGCAGCCGGUGUGUUCUAUGCGGCGCAUAUACACUGUGUGUAUUUACAGUAUGCUUAUGUAGAGGACAGUUAGAGGACACUCUUAUCAGUUUACCUGGAAAUGAUUUUGAUGUUCUAAGCAGGGAUUUUGCACAUGCUCUGAUUCAUCUUGUUUUGACGACUGUUGGCCCACCGUUAGUCCUUAGCAUGUGAAACAAUGGGGAACUGUUCACUAAGACAUAAGAAAUGUUCACAUCAAGCAAAGGAAAACAGCAACCUAUGGCACACACUGAGUUUGGUUAAAUGCUAAGAACUAGGAGGGAGUUUCUGAAUGCAUGUGUAAAUGGAUUCAAACCUGAUGCAUUGAAAGAUGAACUUCACAAUGAAUUGAGUUCUUUUCUUCCUUUUCUUUUGUAAUUCAUGAUGGGGAGUUGGUUUGCAUAUCAUAAUGUCUCUACUUUUAUAUCCAAGCCUGUUUUUUUACUGCUUUACAAUCCCGAGAAGUUGUUUAUUGGGUGAAUGGGUUAUUUUGAUUCAGUGCAGCUCACUGUUUGCACAGCGCCUCCAUAUUUGACAGCUAAUCAAUACUAAUGAUUAGAAUUCAUCUGCCUUAGUUUGUUCUGUCACAUUGAGUAUCAAACAGUCUGAAAUGUGAUAAUUUCUUUAACUUUUAUUUAUGUGUGUGUGUGUGUGGAAAAUGGAGCAAAGGGAAGUGGUAGGAUUAGAUUUGUUUAUAUUUCUUCAUCAGGUCCUGAUGCAUCUUACUGUUAUAACCAAUAACUGUAUCACUAAUCACUGCUUCCUGAUGCAAUGUGUUAAUGUAUCUUGGAUAAAAGCCAAGCAUAUAUCAGAGCCUGCCGUUUUAAAAGAAUCCUCAGUUUUGAAUUAAAAGCUAACAUGCUUAGUGUUAUAAAAAUGUGUGGAGAUGUUCAGAGAGGUUAUUUGAAAAAGUGAGUAGAUUGAGUGAUUUAUUCUCUAGAUAUUUGUUCAUCUUCAGUUCUUUUUUGUUUUUUUCUUCAAGGUUGUGGUCUACAUGUUUGUUAGAGGUCAAGUCUCAUAAAUGCAUCUAUCUGUAUUGUGGUGGAGCGAGAAUUCAUGUUUAUUUUGGCCAAGGUGGCUUGAUUUGCACACAUUAUCAUAAAAUUAGGUGUACACUAGACUCUUCACAUCAGAAUUAUGACUAUUUUGUUAGAGGGCCAGUCUAAUUUUUUGGAGUGAACUGCUUAUCACAUUUGGCAAUCACUAUAAAGUGACUCCUAGACUUUGGUGUGUUGUAUGAGCUUAAAUGGCUUGUCUGUACAUUUUGAUUUUACUUUAACCAGUGGAAGCACAAGAUGGCAACAUCUCCUCACCCAAAUUGCAGUUCCCAAAGUGACAUUCUAGUCCUUUUCAAAUGCUGACUGCAGUAGUUUUAUCUUUUUAUUUAUUCCACUAUUCUCAAUUACUACAAGCAUACCAUUUCUAAGUCUCUCAUUUUGUGAGCUAGUGACAUCUGCUGGAAAUAAUGUGCAGCCUUGUAGCAGAGCCUGAGGUGUGUUUAUGGUCAAUAAUCUGCAGGCAUACUCUGGAAUUUUGGAUGGGGUGGGUGAGACAGCUUUAAGAUGUAUGUAAUGCACUUUUGAUGGAUGUGAUGGUCUAAGCAGGCACUAAUCCUGCUAAAUAUGACUCCCUGCUAGUGAGCAUCACUGUACUCAAUUAUGCAGACUGCAUUUACCAUUAUUAAUUUAACUUUUGAACCCAUACAAUAUCUAGCUCAUUUUGCUGUCAUGUAUCACUUCUGUUACCAUGUACUCACUAUGCAUUUAUUGUAGAGGACUAAUCUUGUGAAGAUGCAUAACAUUUUAUUUUUCCAUGUUAUUGUGUCUUGUGUAUUUACCAAACUGUCUCAUAUUACUGGGAGCAGGCUGCUUUUUAUGGAUAUGUGCUCAACUUCUUGGCAUUAUAACUGUAUAAUAUAAUUUAUCAUCUGUUCUAUUGUAACAUAUUGUUCUGUACCUUAUUUCUGUGUAAUGGUUAGUAGGUAAGUCACAUGAAGAGUGUGAUAUUUUACUGCUAUCUAAAUCGCAGUAAUGAUAAAAGGACCUGUAGCUGCAAUGGUUAAAAAUAAAUUGUAUCAAUGACUUUUGAUCUGUCUCUUGAUGCUUUCAGUAA